UUCCAAUUAUAUUUUUUAAAGUUGUAUAUUUUAUAAAGUAAAAUAUAGCAAUAAUAAAAAACAAAAUAACAAUAACUACACUGAUUAAUAGCAUACAUGCACUUACGCUACAUAAUAUCCACACCCGAUUUUACCAUAUUGGGCUAUCAACACCUACAUCAAUGCAUCAUCCUUCUCAUCAUCUUCAGAACCAACCUUUCUAGGCUUAUUCCAUGAAAACACUCUUGUCAAAAUUAUCAAUAUCUUCACCUAAGCCCCUACUAUCAAUCUAUCCUCAUUUACACUAUUCAUCAUAUGAAAGAAAUUGAAAAUCUCACUCCUUCCAAGUUGAAGAAUUUGGUUUCCCCUAAGAGUCCUGUUUCUCAUUGUCCUUUCCAAACUUGGUCCCUUCAGAAACCCCAACCAGAUGAGUUUCUAGACUGCUUAGACUUAUCGAAACCCCAUGGAUCAGCACUUAGUGCAAACUUCUUUAGAGUUGAAUCACUUAAUUGUCCCCAUGAAAACUAAGACUUUCCCUCUCCUUUUUUAGCAUCUCAGUUACUCAGGCCGUCUUCUACAGAGGCCCUAUCCAAUAUACAGUCACCAGCAUUUUCAGCAGUACUCUUUGGUUGUCCACAAAAGGAUUUUGCAUAGUUCUCUUUCUUCUGAAAGUCCGAACUUCCGCAUCCACCAGCUCCACUUUCUUUCUUUCGUAAUUACAAUUUUCAAUUAGAGUAUAUUUACAUUGUCAUACAUUCAAAAUCAAUAGAAAUAGGAAAAAAAAACAAAAAAAAAAAAAAAAAAAAAGAAAAAAAGAAAAACACUCUACACGGAUUAAUAGCAUACACAGACUUACAUUCCAAAAUAUCCACACCCGAUAAUAUCAUUUUGGCGCGCGAUUGCUCGACUAGUUAAAUAAAAAGUAAAAAGGAUGGAGCUCUUAUUUUUCUCUCUCCCUCUGAUAUGUUCUGUUCCUCAUAAUUCACCACUAACACUAACACUAACCAGGGUAGUGUAGUGUAGGGUUGGGUUGGGUUUCGAACUUCGGCGGUCAACCAGGGUGGGCUUGUCGAGGGACGGCGGGAAGCGGUGGCGUGGCGCGGUGCUGUGCGGAGUCUUUAAUUCGAUCGAAAAUAAUAUCAGUUCUUUCUCCUCCAAGUUGUCACUGCUGCUCUAUUCAACCAGUCCGUUUCAACCUUUACUGCUGCCAAGAAUUAAAAGAUGAAGGGAGAAGAUGCUGCCUUCUCUACUUCCAUUAGCACUUGGCCAUCAUUUGGAGGGUCAUCAGGGCAAUUGGAUGUUAAGACUCAUCCACUCCCAUCCUUAAAAGAUCCCCCUCUGCCAAAGAAUUGCAAUUUUUUCCAACUGGAUGCAUUUCUUGGUACCAGGGUGAAAACACAGAUUAAGGUUAACAGUUUUGAGUGCACUUCUUGUUUACACAAGAUUCUAAGCACUUAUGUCACCGAAAAGUUGAAACAGCGUAUUACUGACAUUUGUGUUGACAUUAUGCCAAAGGAUAUGCCCAAGAGGUGUGAUGCUGUCAUUGAUGUGGGCUAUGCUGAUAUGUUGCUUAAAAUUUCUGUCAAAUCUAAUUCGAAGCUUACAAUUUCUGGACAUUUUGAGAAGGUGAAGAAAUCUUUAAAGCUUCAAGGAAUGUUCAUUUACCUUACAGUGAAUGCUAUAAGUGAGAUUAUAGUUCAUCUUUUCAAAUGUUUUGAUCUUGGAUGGAAGCUGAGUAUAAAUGGCCCAAUGAAAGAUUUUAAUGAUGAAUCCAAAACAGUUUCAAUCAUUGUUGUGGAGAGAUGUCCUUUCCAAAAGGAAGAGAUAUGUCUAGUUGGUUUCAAGGAAGAGACAGAUCUUAUAGCUGGGGUGAAACAAACGAUCGCUGACCGUCAGCAGUCAAUUUCAAAGGUAUCCGGAUCCUUGGAUGAGAUUGAGAAUCUUAAAGAAAGGCCUCUUUAUCAGGUUGCUACAGAACAUCAUCAUGUAACAGUGGUACAAAGACAGAUUGGUCAUCUUGAAAAAUUUGAUAUCAUUGUAGUACCAGAGGAAUACCAACACAAAAUUAUAGAGGACUACUUAGUUAAAGAAGCUAAUCAUCGCUGUUUUAGGCUUCUUUUUGAGAUCGUGGAUGCAUCAGUUGAUAACAUUGUUAUAGUAAUGUCCUGGGGAGACAAUUUUCGAUUUGGUUUAGAUGGCUCUGACACAACUGUUGAGACUUUAAAGGAUACUUUGGGGAAGACAUUAGGUUUUUCAGCUGGAGUGAAAUGUAAUAUGGUACAUGAUUGGACUUUGGAAUUUUCUUCAAGACUGGAGAAGGCCUCUUAUCUACCUACAAAUGCAUUGCCCGAGCCUACGGUGGAAAAAACUAAGAAGCGAAAAGAUAAAAAGAUGAAGAGACCUGCUUCUAAAGCACAAAAUGUGGGUGCUAAAUCUCCAGUACAUAAAGCUAACAUAGAAGAUUUGGGAGAAGAGGAAGUGGAAGUAGCAGAAGUGGUGGAAAAAGUGCAAGUAGCAGAUGAUAUGGAAGUUGACGAAGUGAACGAAGAUGAAGUAAAAGUAAAAGAACUUCAAGAAGAUGAAAAGCCUAGACCAACUGUGUUAACGAUGAAAGAAGAGCUCGUAAGUCUCAAAUAUGAUUUUACACUGAAAGAUUGGCUGGAAAGGAAAGAAAAAGUAGACCUUCAUCUUUGGUCUGCUUUAUAUGAUGUUUGGAAUCAAGAAGAUUCGAAAAAAAAAAAAUGGAGUUGAUUGCAUGGACAAUUGGGAUAGUAGGCGCUUAGAUGAUAAUCCAAGGUUGAUCAUAAGGAGCAUCUUAAAAGCGGUUGUUGAUUUUCACGCUGCUGAUGAAUUUCAUGGUUAUUUACAUAACACAGAGAACUUUCUUUUGAAAAAAAGAGAGUAUCAUUUGAUGUCGGAUAAAUAUGUGGUUGAUGUGGAUUGCAUUUUGACUUUUAGAAACACGAACCCAGCUGAGGAUGAAGCUAAAGUUUUGAAAGAAAAGUCAGCCAAACUUGAUAUGUUGAGAUUGGAUGGGAUUAUUUUCAAUAAAAUUUUGGGUGGGGUUAAGUUGCCUGAUGGUUUGCUGCAUUUAAGGAAGACAAUGGAAACGGAAAAUGGUUUUGUGAUUAAAAAUCACCCUAGCCUUUGGGACUGGUCUGCACGAUUUGGUUUUUACGAGCUGGUGUAUAAGGAGUGGGUUCAAGGAUCAACACCUCUAUCUAAUGAUGGGUUUGUCUCUUUUAUGGGUGAGUUUGCACCUGAAAGGAAUUCUUUGGAUUCGAAAAUUCAUGAUAAUUUCUUAUAUCUUGUCGAAGUUAAACAAGAUUUUGCAAAGCGUAUACCAGAAAACACUCCUCUUUCAAGAGUUUAUCACACUGGUGGUAGCGUAGGACACUCCUACAACUCUGUUGGCACUGAUGAUGCUCCAAAUUGGUAUCAAAAACAUUUUCUCGGAUAUGUGAGAUUGGUGCAUGCACUUUGCAAGGAUAGGAGUCAAAGAACCGGAGAUCCUUUUAUUCAAAAGGCUGACAGUGAAGAUUAUUUGAUAUGUCAGUAUAUUGAACUUGCUACCAGUCAGUUGGUUCCUUGCUAUUUGGAAGAUUUUUUUGUUAAAUUGUGCAAAGAAGGUUUUGUGUUAGGUGGAACUUUAAUAUAGGUCUAAGGUAGAUUGUUUGUAAGUGACUGUUCCUGUUGGUUGUGGCUGCUGUACUUUGAUAUUAAUGUUGAUAUUGGCAUUAGCCAUGAAUAGAUGAAUAACAUUUUUUCCUUUUGUGACAAUGUAUGUUGAUAUAUGCCUAAUAUUUUUAUCUGGA